CCCCGCCCCGCGGCCCAGAGGCGCUCACCUGCCGGCCGCAGCCGCCUCCCUCCGGCGCCUCCUCAGCCGCCCGUCGCCACAGAGCAGCGCCGCCGCUCCCCCCUCCCCGCAGCGGCACCCGUCCCCGCCGCCCGCCACGCCCAUCCCGGCCGCCUAUUGGCCGCCCUUCCCGUCGCUCUGCCCUGGGAUGGCCGCGCGGCGCUUCCCGUCAAAGCUCCGGCCCCGCCCCUCUCCGCCCACGGGCCCCCCGAGUGUUUUAUUCACUCAGGGGCUUUGGCGCCCCCACUCCAUUCUGCCGUUCCCGAUUGGGUGAAGCGGUCGAAAGGGAGAGCCGCGAUAGGCUGCCGGGGAUGCCAGCUGCGGCCGUGGGCCCGCCUCCCCGCUCGGGGUUAGGCCGCGUUGGGGCGGGGGGCAGCCGGGGUGCGCGGAGGCCGGGCGGGUGUCAUCCGGGCCGCGGCGGGGGGCUUCGCUGCAGCGGUCCGGGCAGAAAUCUGCUUCCUGCCCCCGAGCCGAGGCCUGGAGACCCUCGGGGCGGUGUGGCCGCCCCACGAGCAGGGCCCUGCCUUCCACAGAACAGCUCCGGCUUUCGCUGCGCUGUCGGCUUCCUUCCCUUCCUACAAAAGCAGUCACCCCCGCAGGCAGAUGUCAGCUGCGGCAGCCGUGGAAACGCGCGGAGCCGUGCGGGAGGGAGGGCCAAGGAGCGUCGUGUUGCCAGAAGCAUCCCUCGCCGUCGCUGUCGAGGCUUUUCCGCAGGUCGGGUGCCUUCCCCGUGCGAGGGCUGGGAAAGGCCCUCGCAGGGGAGGCCCCAGGCCGGCGGCAGCGCGGCGAGGAGGCAGCGGGGAGGCUGCGCCGCGCACGGCGGACACCCCAACGCUGACUGCUCUCACCCGGCCCUGCUGAGGCAUUUUACCUGGGCUGCCUGUUCCCAGCCGCUGUCUCCUCUCUCACCAGGCAUUCACACGGCUACUUGAUCCAAAAUGCAAGCUGAAAUAGGUCCUGGAGCGUUCAGCUGGAAAAGAAAGAAGUAAAUAAAUAAAUAAACUGACAAACAACACCUCAGGAAAUUGA